AUGACUUUCCACCAAAGACUCUGUUUGGUUCUCGUGUACUGUGUCUUGGCUCAGGCAUUAUCUCCUGAUUACCAAGUUGAGGUUGAAACUAACCUGGACCUUUCCGAGUUACUGUUGGAAAAAACAAAUUCUGAUAUUUCCAAAGGACUGGAGAUUGUGGAUGAUGUCCUAAAUAUUGCUGAUAAGAUAACUCAGGUCACUCAGAUCGAAGUACUGAGCAAACAAACAAAACUGCUGAAGUUUGCUUCUGGUUUAGGAAAUGUUCUAUCGGUACUCAAUGUUUUUGGUGCUGUGGCCAGUUUUAUUUUCUCCUUCUUGUUGCCAAGUGACCUGGAAAUUAUUAAUAAGAGAUUUGAUGAGGUUAACCGAAAGUUGGACAGCAUCUCUAACAAACUUACCCAAAUGGAAACCAGUAUCAAAACAUCCAUAGCAUUCCAUACCUUCCUUACAACCUACAUCCAGUGGGAAUACGCCAUCAGGAAUGGAGCAGAGAAACUGCAAGCUAUCAGAGAGGAAAUGGGAAAAACACGAGAUGAAAGGAAGCAGAUGAUCCUGGCUUUAGAUUACGUGACCUACUACAAUGACAAUCAAUUGGAGGCAAGCACGCUCAACAUGUAUCGUAUAACAGUUACAGCAAACAGCGCAACUAACAGGAACCUGUUUGAUCUCUUCAUUGAGGAACACUCUUGUGAUAUUAAUGAGCUAUCAGGUUUAAUGAUCAUUCUGAAAGGUCUGAUGUUGAGUGCUGCUCAGCAAACACUGACUUAUCACUAUUUCAAGGGUAACGAUGCUUUAGCCAAAAGCUCACAUGAACGCGUGAUAAACUACCUCUUUGAAAUGCGCCAAGAAUUUGAAAAACGUGUCUAUUAUUGCAAGGAGCACUCAAUUGAAAAUGCAAGGAAGGAAGUUGAGAAGAUACUGACGGACAUUAACACACCAUUACCUGAUAUAGUGGUGCCAGUCAUAUCCCAAAGACUGACUCGCCUGUAUCCCUGGUACGCCUGGGCAGUUGCUGAAUUUAAGGAAAUUGGCGAUAAAAUAUGUCAUUCACAUCUGGAAAGAAAAGGUUCAAACUAUUUCUUGGUUCAGAACUAUGGCGAGCACCAAAAGAACAUCAUUGUUGCUUGGCAGGAUGUCAAUGAACACUUGAGCUGCACUGAUGUUUCACAUGUUAGAACCCUAGUCCCCUAUCAGCGCUGCGCUAAGUGUUCCGAUGAACAUGUCAAAGCUUCAGAGGAAAUACUGACCCAAAAACGCUGUCCGGACAAUUUGAAAAUGAUUUGCCAGCUGCCUCAUUAUAUCAAACUCCCGGUCUGGGACUGGCUUGGAGUCCAUGUUGAGGCACAGAGAGAUCUGUGUAGUCAGCCAAUGGCCUGCAAUGGGCACGGGGGCUGUAACCUGAUCCCACACACCAACCAGUUCAUGUGUAUCUGUCAUCCGAUGUACGAAGGACCAGGCAAAGUAAAUAUCAUGCCUAUUGGAAUAGGACGAGUUGUCCGAGUUUAUCGGUUCCAGAUUUAG